CAGAGGGGCUGGGCAUGCAUGUUGAAAGCGAGGGAGGCAAAGAGGGGAAAAAAUUGGUUCCUGUGUUCUCCAGGGGUAUUGUGUCAGGAGAUGCAAGCAAGGGACCAUGUGACGAGCGAGAAAGCUGGAGGGAUUGGUUGAGAUGCUAGCAGCAAGUGUGUGAGCUAAGCUGGCUCCUUCCACCACCACCCCUCCCUCCCUUUCUCUGCUCUCUGCUCUCUCUCUCUCUCUUACGCGUUCUCUCUCUCUCUCAGCAUCUUUCUGUGAUUCUGUAGGUGAUACAGUCACAGCAGCAUCCAUGGCCUGCCUUUUGCCUUAGCCCACUCUCCUUCUGUUUUGAUUCCCCAUAUUUCUUCUCCUUUCCUCCUCCCUCCCUCCCUUCCUCCCUCCCUCCCUUCCUUUUUUUUUUUUCUUCCCCCUCUGACAGUUUCACCAGCGAUGCAUCUGAGAUCCCGGCACUGAGAGUUUACAUGAAGCAUCUGCUCAACUGGAGUCAUAAUUUCCCGUAUUUUUUUCAGCCUCUGUAGAAACUGAGGAAUGCAAUUCUGCCACCAUGAUGGAAGGAUUGAAAAAGCGUACAAGGAAAGCCUUUGGAAUACGGAAGAAAGAAAAGGAUACCGAUUCCACAGGAUCACCAGACCGAGAUGGAACUCCACCCAGCCCUCAUCCUCAUGAUCCAUCCUACAAUAGCAAACCAGAAUAUACCCAGGAAGGCGGAAAAGCAGUUUCGAAGAGAACAAAUGGUGCUCCAAAUGGAUUUUAUUCAGAGAUUGACUGGGAAAGAUAUAAUUCACCUGAACUUGAUGAAGAAGGAUACAGCAUCAGACCCGAAGAACUAGGCUCUACCAAAGGAAAGCACUUUUAUUCUUCAAGUGAAUCUGAAGAGGAAGAGGAGGCACACAAGAAAUUCAACAUUAAGAUUAAACCUUUGCAAUCUAAAGACACUCUUAAGAGUGCAGCAACUGUUGAUGAACUGAAAGCUUCUAUAGGCAAUAUCGCACUUUCACCUUCGCCAGUGAGACGCAGUCCGGGUACAGUUAAGAGGAACCUAUCUAGUGAAGAGAUAGCAAGACCCCGGCGUUCAACUCCUACUCCAGAGCUUCUCAGCAAAAGAACUUCAGAAGACGCUGCUGUCCUAGCACCAUUAUUUGGUCCACCCCUAGAAUCUGCAUUUGAAGAAGACAAAUUGGAAGCUUCAGGUUCCAUAGAUCAGUGUGAAGUCUGGGGUUCUGUGCAACCAGCGAACUCAAGUGUAGAAUCUCCAAAUGGAUCACGACCCUUCCCAUCUGGAACACCUCCACCACUUCCACCCAAAAACAUUCCUGCUACACCUCCCCAUGCUGGUUCUCCUUUAACAAUUGGAGUAGGAAAUGACCAGACAGCAACAGAGGUCAAAAGUGACAAACUACCAUCAAUCAAUGACUUGGACAGCAUUUUUGGCCCAGUAUUGUCCCCCAAUUCUGUUGCUGAUAACGCAGAGGAUAAAUGGAUCAGUUUUUCUGAUCAGACCCUGGAAAAUGUAACUCCAGAGGUGACUUCAAGGGAAAAAGUGGUGUCCCCACCUGUGGCAUCCGAAAUCCCAGAAGAGCCUCCAGAGGCUGAAGUCUCUCGCAAUGUUCCUUCUCCACUCAAUUUAGAAGAGGUUCAGAAGAAAGUUUCAGAGCAGACCCACGUUAAAGAUGAUAACUUAGCACCAGCAGCAUCUCCUAAAGAUUUUGGGGUGGGACAGAGAGCAACACCGCCUCCCCCUCCACCUCCUACCUACAGGACAGUGGUGUCAUCACCUGGACCCAGCCCUGGCGGUGGCACAGGAAGCACCAGUGGGUCAUCAUCACCUGCUCGCCCUGCGACCCCGUUGACAUCUUGCAGCAGCCCUACCCCACCACCCCCGCCACCUAGACCCCCAUCUCGUCCAAAGUUACCUCCAGGAAAGCCAGGUGUUGAUGUGUCCAGACCUUUCAGCCCUCCAAUUCACUCAUCUAGUCCUCCUCCAAUAGCACCUUUAGCUCGUGCCGAAAGCACCUCUUCUAUUUCAUCCACCAAUUCCUUGAGCGCAGCUACUACUCCUACAAUUGGGACGGAGGGAAGGACCGUAUUUCCCACAGAAAAUGAACAGCCUUCUCUCGUCUGGUUUGACAGAGGAAAGUUUUAUUUGACUUUUGAAGGCUCUUCCAGAGGACCCAGCCCCUUAACAAUGGGUGCACAAGACACCCUCCCUGUAGCUGCAGCUUUCACUGAAACUGUCAAUGCAUACUUCAAAGGAGCCGAUCCUAACAAAUGUAUAGUAAAGAUUACCGGAGAAAUGGUGCUGUCAUUUCCUGCGGGAAUUACUAGACAUUUUGCCAAUAACCCCGCUCCAGCUGUUCUAACAUUUCGUGUGACAAAUUACAACAGAUUGGAACAUGUUUUGCCAAAUCCUCAACUUCUUUGCUGUGACAGCACUCAUGCUGAUGCCAACACAAAGGAGUUCUGGGUAAACAUGCCAAAUUUGAUGACUCACUUGAAGAAAGUGUCUGAACAGAAACCACAAGCAACAUACUAUAAUGUGGAUAUGCUUAAAUACCAGGUAUCAACACAGGGUAUUCAAUCUACUCCCCUGAAUCUUGCAGUGAACUGGCGGUGUGAACCCACAAGCACAGAUCUACGCAUUGACUACAAGUAUAAUAUAGAGGCAAUGACUACACCAGUAGCUUUAAACAAUGUGCAAUUCCUUGUUCCUAUCGAUGGUGGAGUGACAAAAUUACAAGCUGUGCUUCCACCUGCCAUUUGGAAUACUGAACAACAAAGGAUAUUGUGGAGAAUUCCUGAUAUUUCUCAAAAAUCUGAAAAUGGAGGGGUGGGUUCCUUGCUUGCACGAUUCCAGUUAUCUGAGGGACCAAGUAAACCUUCACCCCUGGUUGUGCAAUUCACCAGCGAAGGGAGCACUCUGUCCAGCUGUGAUAUUGAACUUGUUGGAGCUGGGUAUCGUUUUUCACUUAUAAAAAAGAGAUUUGCAGCAGGAAAGUACCUGGCAGAUAACUAACCGAAGUAUAUGCAAGUAUGUUGAAAAUCCAUAUAGCUGAGGACUGCAGUGGUUGGAUGGUUUUUAUAUGCUGUUGAGGGGAAACUAACUGAAUCCUGUAUUCAGGACAUUUCUGUUGAAAGCAUCAGCAAUUCAACAUUUCUCUCUCAGAAAAUGCCAUGUUGAUCAGUCCUACAGUAUUUACUUCUAGAUGUAAUAUUGUUCAUGUUUUAAAUUGUAAUUAUUGUAUUUGUAAAUUGUACUCAUUCUAGUAAGGCUGUAUUUUGGCAGUUAGACACUUGAGUUUUAGCAUUUUAUCGUUCAAGAAAUGGGUGUAAUUUAAACUGUGAUAUAUAUAAAUUUAAUAGUAGUAAUGCUGAAUGAGACAAGCUUUCAGAGGCAGAUGCAUUUUGUCAAUGUAUACAAUUUGAACACAACGCUAACAGCUGUGAGAAAAGGAGUGCCUCAAAAAGAAUGUCAAAAUUAGCUCACCUGCAAAUUCAUUGAUUAUUUUUUUUCAGUUGAUAGCCUAUGUCAUACAAAUAUAGUCACAUAAAUAAACAGAUAUGACUUUAAGUAUUUAAUUGGUUUAACUUCAGAACAUCUCAGAGUAAAUGUUGAGGUGACUAUGGUACAAACGUAGUUUUUCAGCUUUAAACAUUCCCAUCAUGUCUGAAGUAAGUUUAAAAAGGGGUGGGGGUGGGGAAGAAACUUUUGAAUAACUGUUAGAACCUGUGGCUGAGAUAAAGCUUGUACUGAGAUAGCUGUUUCUUUUGUUAGUCUAACAUGAGUGAACAUGAAGGUAAAGGAAGAGCACAAUGGUUUAGAAAUAUUUCUGCUAUGCAAGCUCUAUGCGGCCUUCCUCAUCCUGGUACCUUGCAGAUAUGUUGGACAUCAGCUGGCAUGCGAGCACCGGGUUGGGAAGCCUGGCAUAGAAAAAGGAAGGAAAGCACAGAAAAGGCAGCAAGGCGCACUUCCCACUAUUUUCACUACACCUGGUGCAAGGGGAAGCUGACUAACAAAUAACCAGCAAUGAAGAGAAAUCCUGUGGUGGUGGUUUUAUUUUUUACCUGAGCAAGCCUCUGGUUUCAUGGAUGUGCUUGUUUAUUUUUACAGGACAAUUUGCAUGCCAAAAACUGGCUCUGACCAACAUUGUGUUCUUCAGCUAGAUUUUAACUUAUGUGUAAGUUAAGAAGCAUGUCUGAGUGUGUGUGUCUUGUGCAUACACAUUAGAUAUCAUCCAUACAUAUCAAGAUUAAUAGCCUGGCUGAUCUGUAUUUGAAAGCGGGACAAAAAAGGAAAGAAAGAACCCAUUUGAACAGACAGAACAGGUGACAAAAUAAUUGCUGAAUUUUUGUUUCCGUUCCUUAAACACCAGGAUACUCUACUUCAAACAGGUUUCAAUUUGCUAGUCAGUGUUACAUUUCUUAGGGUCUGAAAAAGCAAAAGGUUUGAUUCUCCAUUGCUAACAUACUAGGUGUGUGUAAAUGCUGCACAUCUAUCUGUUCAAAUGGUACCUGAACUAUAGCUGAAUGCAGUAGGAAUGAGGAAUAUUGUAUGAGAAGUCAUUGUAAAGAAGUGCAGAGUAUCUGUUCUGCUAUUUUCUGUGCUUGCGACUAGUAUUUUUAUAAACUGUGGUCUAACUAGGUUGGCAUCCAACUGUCUCACUUGCAUGUGAAAAUAGCUGUGCUUGACAAGCAGCUAUGUCUGCAUUAAAACAAGCAGACAAAAUUAAAGGCUCUAUCUGGACAUGAAUAUAUUUGUUUAUCAUCCAGUAUGAAAAAUAUAUAUCUUGCAGUGAUAGAAAUUGAAAUUCCACAUACAUCAAAUGCCUUGUUUUGUUAGUUCCUUUUGGUAUGAGUCUUGUAUUUGAAAACUAUAGAGCUAAUUUUAUGGAAAAUAUAAUAUACAAUCCAAAAAAUAUGUCUCCCACUUAAGCUUCACUGGCUUCUCAAUCUCACUGAUAAAUAUGAUAAAGAUUGAUUUUUGCUAGAGCUCUGCAUGGUUUGAAAUGGAAAAGUUAUCUUUGUGUUUAUACUUUGCAUUUUUAUAAUUCUUACCAUGUUUGCUCUUUUCUCUAAAAAUGAAAUUGGCCUAUCGCUAGGAUUUGUUACUCAGUAUCACAAAAGCUUGACAAAGCACAUUUUUGCUUCCUUAAUGAAUAGACAAUUUUUUUACUCUGGAAUUGUUUCAUUUUUGUUUUACAAUGCAUACCAGUAACCAAGUAAUUGGGUUACUAUUGGCCAUUUCAGAUAUCUGUGCAUUUCCUGGUUAGUGUCAACAGAAAUUUCAUAUAUUCUGCUUUGAACUAAAAAUGUAAUUUUAUGCAAAGGAAAUAAUUUACUUCUAAGUAGUUUUUCAAAUGUGGAGAGCCCCCUUCAUUUUUCAGAAAUAUAAUAUUAAAGCUAAUAAAGGUGACUGAAAAUCUUUAAACUCUUCAUUGAUAAAUAUAAAAUGAAAAUUCAGUUUAAAUUAAAAUAAUUUGCUAUGUCUGUAACAUAAAGAUUAGUUCAGAAAGAUUAUAUGGAUUCCAAGAAAGGUGUUAGAAACAACAUGACACACACACACACACACACACACACACACACACACACACAUAUAUAUAUAUAUAUAUAGCAAUCAAUGAUUUGGAAUAUAGGCCUUACAUUGCAUCUAAAAUAAUAGCAUCCAGCAAUAUAUAUAUAUAUAUACCAUCAUUUUAGCAAUUUAGCCACCCGGGAUACAUUUACUGGCAUUUCUUUAGAAAGUCUUGAUUUACUCCUGAAAAAAGAAAAAUAGUUAUUGAAUCUUGAGCCAAUUACACAAUUCUAAUUUUUUACCAGAUUUAAUAGCAAAAAACCCCCACUCUUACUGAAACUUGAUUUAUGUACCUGUUUAAUCUCAAAUAACUAUAGGCUUUUUGUUGUUGAUGAUUCCUGUUUCCUUAGUACAAUUAAAAUUAUUAAUUAGGAUUAUUAAAAAUAUGAAUAAUGUCAUGUAAAACAGGUCUUUUUAAAAAUUAUGCUUGUAGAUUGUUUCUGAGCUUAUUUACCAAAAAUAAACUUUCAAGUAGAAGUUUAACUUAGCUUAGCUUUCCUCAAGUUGGGGCCGUUCAAAGGUCCAUUCCACAGAAUUCCUAACCAGCGUGGUUUGUGGCUCUACUGACAGGUCAUCCUGAAAGUGGCUAUUGUAAUGUAUCAGCCUUUAAAAUCUGGGAAAUAAAUUAUUACGCAGAGAAAAAGACACAGGUUAAAAGGUUGUUAUAAAUCAUUGUUCCUUAGUAACAAUAUAACAAUGGACAAAAACAUAAGUAUUGCUCUUGCUUAGCGAUACAAUAGUUCUUUAUAAACAUCCUUCUCCUAGUUUUAUGUGAGCAAAGCUAGGGAAUAAAUGGGAAUAUUUUACCCCUGAAACUCCUCAUUCUAGCCAUUACUACAGGAUAUUAUUCUAAGAUAAAGUCUUACUGAGAUCUAUAAAACUAGGAAGGACUUUAUAAAGCAUUUUAACCCAAAUCAGGUUAUAAUCACAUUUUUGUGUCCAGCUUGAUAUUUCAUAGCUUGAAACAAAAUGAAGAAAUAUCUUAGCUGAAAGUAAGAACAUUAAUCAACAGGGUGAGCAUACAGAUAUAUGAAUUCUGUGCUGCAGCUGGAUGAAUCAUCUUUAUAAAAAGCAUAUUCCAGAAACCCUGCUUCAUAAAAGAAAAGAAAAUGAAAUAUUUAGCAUGCCUUUUAAACAAGCUACGAUGGGAAGCAAUUGCCUAAAUUGGUGUGCAAGGCCUGUCAAAUGGAUCGUGUCACCAUUAUAGCUGUAAGCAGAGCCCUAUUCUGGUGCACACUUAUUCGAAAGAAAAUCUGUGAUGGGGCUGUCUGCAAAUAUCCAUAGGAUCAGGCUCAAGAUUGCUCUAUAUAGAAGAAAUUAUUAUUUUAAAAUAAAAAAUAUUUCUAUAAAAAAAAUAGAUAUUUUGUUUCUUCUAAAAGCCAAGCCAUCAUAAAUUACUAUGCUAAUUUCAAAGACUUCAAUAAGUUCAGGAAAAAGUAAAAUUGGUUUUAAGCCCAUUUAGAAAAUGAAUAUCAUUUAUACUACUUAGGUAGCCAUCUAGGUUUGGUGGACUUAUAUUUUUAUUAUGAAUUUAAGACCGCAAUUAGAAUAUAAAGGAUCUUUGUUCUUCCUCCUUUUUGUUGUUCUUAUUUAGUUUCAGCAUCUGUUGGUUUUCCACUGAGACUGCUUAGUAUUGAUUGUGAUAGCAGAAGAGGUGUUAUUUUUCACCUAGAUUGUUGCAGAGCUGGAUACUGAUUAGGGCUGAAAGGGAAUGACUGGCCCAAUGAUCACCCCAGUUAGCUUUGGUGCCUAGGGAAGGAUUAGAACCUGGAUCUUUGUGUUCCUAGUUCAACACCGUAACCCACGGCUGUUAAAUUCGAUUGCAUCAUGUGACGUAUCAUGACAUUUUUUGCCUUUGUGGAGCCAGGGUGGGCGUGGCCUGCAUGUGACACAUCUGGCCCAUGGGCCACCAGUUUGACACCCCUGCCCUAACUAUUAUAUGUAAUCCUGGACCACAAAUGUGACCAGAAUUUCUUUUGCUAAAUUAAGGUGGUUGUUAAGUGAAUUGUGCCUGAUUUUACAAUCUUCUUUGCAAGGUUGUUAAGUGAAUCACUGUGAUAGUUUACUGAAUCACAUGGUUGAUAAGUGAAUAAGGCUUCCUCUGCUGACUUUGCUUGGCAGAAGCUGGAUGGGAAGGUCACAAAUGACGAUCACAUGACUAGAGGACACGGCAACGAUUGCAGAUACAUGCUGAUUGCCAAAUGCUCAAAUUUUGAGCAUGUGACUGUGGGGAAGCUUGCAAUGGUUGUAAGAGUGAAAAACGGUCAUAAGUGCUGUCUAACUUCGAACAGUCACUAAAUGAAUGGUUGUAAGUCAAGGACUACCUGUAUUCUCCACUGGCUUGCUUCCUACUUCACGCUUCCACAUUUUCCUCUAAUUUUAUUUCCUUGAUUUAUUGGAAUGUGAGAAUGGCCUUAGAAAAUGGGGGGGGGGGGGGGGCAGGUGAGGGGAGAUGCUGCUCUGGGAGCAAUGAGAGAAAAAGGAAAUAAUCCACCAUUGAGUAAAUCGGCAGAGAAAGGAAGUUAGAAAAGAUCUUUCCUAAGUUAUCAGAAGGCAGAAAGUGACUGCAGGAGAUUUUUACUUUCAGACUUGCAAGGUUCUGAUAGAUUGAACCCUUACAAUAAAAUAAAAUUAACUCAUCAUGUCACGUUUCCUGUCUGAUCUACUUGGGAGGCUGAUAUUUAUGACGUGCCUCUCUGUUUGAAAAAUUGGUUUUAUUUUAAGAAGUAAUUCAGCCAAUUUUUUCUUCAUGGUGCCAUAAAAGUACUGCUUUUAUCAUCUACACAGCACUCUAUGUAUUUCAGAUAGUAUAUAUUUUAAUUGUGCAAGGAUAAGAUAGUUUCUCCAAUAAUCAUACCAUUCUAAUUUGAAAUUAUGCUGUAAAGUAUGUGGGUGCAUAUAUAUGUACAGUGUGUGUGUAUACAUAUAUAUAUACAGAGAGAGAGAGAGAGAGAGAGAGAGAGGGCAAGCGCUUAACAGGUAGUUCUGGAUUUACAACUGUAACGGAGCCUGGACAUUUUGCUUGUAGAUUGCCAUGAUUAUAAAGUGGAUUGGUCAUGUUACGGACCUGAUUUUUCUACCUUUUUUUGCAGUGGUCAUUAAGCCAUGGUCGUUAAGCAAAUGCCAUGGUCAUUAAGUGAACCAUGGUUUGCCAUGGGGCCAAUUUUGGUGAAAACUGGAACCAACUGUCAGUUUUUCACAAAAUUAUUGUAAAACAUCACAUGUCCGCAGGACACUGCAAAUGACUAUAAAUGCGGCCCAGAUAUACUUGAUCCAAGUGUGGUCAUUAGGUGAUUCAUCAUUAGUUGAGGACUACCUGUACCAUGUUUUAAUGUGUAUAUUAAAAUACAUUUCAAAGAUCAUUCAAGAGCUGUGGUGGCGCAGUGGUUAGGAUACAGUACUGCAGGCUAAUUCUGAUGACCACUAACAGUUCGAUUCCCACUGGCUCAAAGUUGACUUAGCUUUCCAUCCUUGUGAGGUUGGUAAAAUGAGGACACAGCUUGCUGAGACCAAUAUGCUGACUUUGUAAACCACUUAGAGAAGGCUGUAAAGCAUUAUGAAGUGGUAUAUAAGUCUAAGUGCUGUUGCUAUUGACUAUUGCUACCAUCUUUGUAUAGAAAGAUAUGUGUGUUUCAGUUGUUCCUUUACAUCAUGGGGGUUCACAAAAUAAUAGUUUACUUCUUGGUCCCGGUGAGUAGAAUAUGCUCAUGGUGAACCAAUCUUGUUCUUGGAUAUGCACUCUCCCAAUAGCUUGAAAAUCUUGCAAGUCUGGUACCUCCAUGUGUGAUUUUCUAUUAUGAUUCCUAGGUACAGCAGCCAUCGUUAAUGUUAGCUCUGAAUCUGGAGAGUUAUACUCCAAUGCAUAUGAAGGGUAAGAAAUGGGAUAUCCUGAUCCUGUGUCAAGGUAGUUCCAGAGGAUGGAAAUAUCUACUCUGUAACAUAUGAAAUAAAGUGUACCUACUGUUGAGGGUGUGUAUAUGUGUUAUAUGUGGGCGUAAUUCUUCUGCCUGUAUUCCAUCUGAGACUUAGGUGAACUAUUUUUUAUCAUUAUGUCAACCAUCAAGUCUAGUUUAUGAAGAAACUGCUCAUUAUUUUAUUUAUCAAUAUGUAUUAUCUAAUUGAUCUGGGCAUUUCUUAGAUAUGACAAAAUAAAUGCAUUAGCUGAAGAAUGCAUAUUUUUAUAAUUUUCAUAAUUAUACUUUCAUAAUAAUUAUAAUUUCAUAUUUUCAUAAUUUUCCCCAUUCUAAAUUCCUAAUUUAAAAAUUCACUAUGAUAUUUUAUCAUGAUAGGCAACAUGUUUGAUUAUUUCAAAAUCAAACUGUUCAAUGGUUGGGUCAAACAAUUCAACCAUUUUUGCUUCCAAAUGUACAAGUCUGCUCCUGGCAGAUACUGAAAGUAACAUACUUUUCUUUAAUCAGUUGAUGCAAGAGCUAAUUCCAGGGAUGCUAAUCUUCUUAAGUGAUUAAAAAUUUGUCCCAUAAAGUCAUUAGAAAUGCAAAUCACUCAGAACAAUUUCUCUUUUUUAAGUGAUAGAAAGGAUUUUCCAUAGGUGGAGGUGGUACCUUUUAAAUUUCAAAUGUUAGGGUAUUUAUUUAUUAGAUCUAUAUCCCAUCUUUCAUUCAGCUCAAGAUGUCACACAUGACAUCAUUCAUCCCAUUUUUCCUUGUAACUAUCUUAAAUAUCAGGAUCUAAAUGAGAGGAGCAAAGCAAGGAAUGUGCAUCAGAAUAACACAAGGAGCACUGCAAUACAAGCCCUCUUUUCUAUGUUCAUCACAUCACAUACCCCACGAAAUGUAUAGAUAGACCUUAUACCCAGUGCCACUUUCACCAUUGUGACCAGUCUGAAAUCACUUAAUGGAUUCUUGUAGCCGAAAGGGGUCUAGAACUUAGGUUUCCCCAGUCCAAUAUCACACUGGCAAUGAUUAAAUUUGGUUGUUGAUUGUUUUAUGAGCAGCAUUUCAGUGCAGACCAAGCAAUCUGUGGAAGUCUAAAAUCUGCCUUACACACUUAUUAACAUCUUAAAAAGUGUGUAAUUGUGUUUCAGAUGACCGCGCAUAUGAGAACUGUUACCUUCAAUCUGUGAGUCUAAAAAAUGCAUCUCAGUUGGACACCCUAACACACUAGUCAUACUAGUGUAUUAGAAGAUACUAAUUUUCUGAAGUUAUGUUUUAAUGGCUGAUAAACUAUAGGCAUGCAUGUAUUUUGGAUUAAAGGCUCAGAAAAACUAAAUAUUAAAUUUCAGUCAUGUUGAACUGUUGUAAACCUUAUAUUAAAAAAACAUUAUUUACAGGCAUGCAGUUUAGCAUUUGCAGAUCCUGGGUUUUACUUCUAAAAGAUACAGUAUUUGAGUCCUGAAAUAGAUUCCAUGGUGUUUUAUCAGAUAUCAUACUGUAUCAUUUUAUAUUUUAAAAAUCUGUGUACAAACUGUUUAUAGAUAUUUGUGGACACAAAAUACACAUGUAUAUUUUUAAACAUUAAAGUUUAAGUCUGGACAUCUCAGAUUUUGUGUGAAAUGAAAUACACUAUCCUUGUAGUCUAGUUGGCUGUUUAUUGCUUAGUUUAUGAUGAAACAUUGCUGCCAACAUGAUGGUAUCCCCCCAAAAAAUGUAAAUUGUAGAAAAAGUUUGUGGCAUCAGAGUUCCUGCAGCAAAACUCUGAAUCAAACCACUGGUGAUAUGAAUGUGUUGUAUUGACUUGUUGAAGAUAAUCAUAAAACCACAUAUUUUCAAUGUUUCUUUUCCUUUUAGAUUAGAAAACAAAUGUCUAUUUUUUUGUAAAUAAUGAUUUUUAUAAAUGGAUUUUCUUCAUAAUUUCCCUUAAACAUUCAUUUCACAAAAACCCAAAAUAUGCAAUUAUUUAUCAUACAUAUUAUACAAAUGGGGUCCCCAUUUCAGAACAAACUUUAUGAAAUUCUAUAUACAAGGAAAACAUUAAAUAACAAUUAAACUGUAAUUUAAAUGUGACUUUCUUUUCCCUUUGAAAAUAAAUGAGAAAUCUAAAAAUAA